AUGGGCGUUGACGCAGCGGCAAAUUCGAAUCAACGAAGGCAGGAGCUACGAACCUUCCGCACAGCAUGGCACUUGAUCGCCUUCGCACAUGGCGUCAAUGCUACCCUCAACCUGGCCCUUGCAACCUAUGUUGUCUACUACCAUAUCCACCAUCCCGGUAUCGGCACCUUGUGCGAGCUACACGCUGUGAUUGUAUGGCUCAAGACGUGUUCUUAUGCUUUUACCAAUCGCGAUCUGCGACACGCCCUGCUAUAUCCUUAUGCAAGCGAAGUUCCCGAGCUUUACAGUUCCUGUCCGUACCCGCAGAACAUCACUCUCCGCAACCUCACUUACUUCUGGUGGGCUCCAACGUUGAUCUACCAGCCAGUGUAUCCCAGAACCGAGAAGGUUCGCUGGCCUUUCGUCUUUAAGCGUUGUGUCGAGGUCGUUGGACUCAGUAUUGUUAUCUGGAUUGCCAGUGCCCAAUACGCAGCCCCACUUCUGCAAAACUCUCUGGGAACCAUAUCUUCGCUGGACUUGCCAUCUAUCGCCGAGCGUCUCAUGAAGCUGUCAACCAUCUCGCUCUUCUGUUGGCUAGCUGGAUUCUAUGCCCUUUUCCAAUCUUUCUUGAAUGCCCUCGCAGAAGUGAUGCGCUUUGGUGAUAGAGAGUUCUACGGGGAGUGGUGGAACAGCAGCGGAGUUAGAGGGUACUGGUCCAGCUGGAACAAGCCAGUCUUCCAAUUCAUGAAGCGUCAUAUCUAUUCGCCGAUGGUUGGGCGAGGCGUGCCGCCGCUUGUCGCUCAGAUCAUGACCUUCCUUUUCUCUGGGGUGCUUCACGAGCUUUUGGUCGGUGUACCUACUCAUAAUAUCCNNUUGGUCAGUCGGCAUGUAGCACAUAACACUGAUCUUCGACACUAA